AUGGAAAAACUUAAUUGGACGUUACUACUUGUGUCUUUGUGUGUAUUACUUUGGGGUGUGGCCGGUCAAUAUGAAUGGCAAAUUCGUGAUGCUUUUGACGAAAUUCGAGGAAAGAUUGAUAAAGUCAAUGCCGAAAAUUGUUACAUUGCUCACCUCGACGAUCUUUCUCUACCCAAAGAUUCGGUGUCUCACUAUCCAGAUGUGAAAGAAAUAAACGUAAAUCCAGUAUUUCCAAAUCGCACAGCGAUGUUACAUUUACAUAACAUGGCUAUGAAUAGAGCUUUUUUCUGGAGUUACAUUCUACAAUCGAGAUUUAUAAGACCUGCAAUAAAUGACACUUAUGAUCCUGGCAUGAUGUAUUAUUUCCUAUCAUCUGUAGCCGACGUAGCAGCUAAUCCUUAUAUAAAUGCUAGUGCUAUAUAUUUCUCGCCAAACAUGUCAUAUACUUCGUCUUAUCGAGGGUUCUUUAAUAAGACUUUGCCGAGGUUUGCACCGAGAGCAUUAAGAGCAGAUGAUUUCAAUGACCCUGUUCAUUUACAAAAGAUAUCAACUUUAAACACAUUUUAUGCCGAAGAUCUAGGUGCAUUUGAUCCUGACAGUCUUUCAAAAGAUUAUACAUCAGAUUUCUAUCGGACAAAUGAGUGGUACAGACUAUUAUUACCUGACAAAGUUGAAAAGAGACAUGACACUAAAACAACAUAUGAUGUUGAAAUAAGAUAUGCAAACAAUACUAAUGAGACAUUCACAUUCCAUGGACCGCCUGGUAAUGAUGAGAUACCAGGUCCAGUAAACUGGACGAGGCCAUAUUUUGAUUGCGGAAGACUUAACAAGUGGUUAGUAGGUGCAGUGUCACCAGUUGCUGACAUAUAUCCCCGUCAUACACAAUUCAGGCAUAUAGAAUAUCCAACGUACACAGCAGUUGUAGUAAUGGAAAUGGACUAUGAGAGGAUAGACAUAAAUCAAUGUCCGACGAGUCCUGGGAAUGAUAAACCUAAUCGAUUUGCAGGUACUACCAGGUGUAAAAAUGAAACUACAGAGUGUGAACCACUACAUGGUUGGGGUUUCCGACGAGGCAGUUAUCAAUGUAGAUGUAGACCAGGAUAUAGGUUACCAAGUCUCGCAAGGAGACCUUAUCUUGGUGAGAUCAUUGAGAGAGCAACGUCUGAUGAGUAUUACAAUAACUAUGAUUGCCUCCCGAUUGGAUGGAUACAAAAGCUACCUGUGCGAUGGGAUAAGGCUCAUCCGUUCAUAAGAGCAAUAUACGCGGACAGAUACUAUGAAUAUGUCAAUGCUACGAGUGGUCCGAGUUCUUUACACCAAGAAAGAGUUAAUAUUUAUGAAGUAUUGAAUUUCAUAAGAAGUGUUAGACCCGAAAAUUGUACUGAAUAUAAUCCAUCAGAUUUGGAAUUGAAUGGAGAUAUUGCUUAUGGCGCUGAAGAGCAAUUUGAAAAUCAAGCAAAAAUGGCUGUGCGAUUGGCGAAUUUCAUCAGUGCAUUUUUACAGGUAUCGGAUCCAAAAGAAGUAUUUAGUGGCACAAGAGUAGCAGAUAAGCCGCUCACUGAGGACCAGAUGUUGGGGGAAACACUCUCCAUUGUGCUCGGUGACUCCAAAGUGUGGUCAGCAGGUACAUAUUGGGAUAGAAAUAAAUUUACAAACAGAACAUUCUUCGCACCUUUCGCUUAUAAGACUGUGUUGAACACACGGAAGUACAAUCUGGAGGACUUGGCGAGAAUUAAUAGCACUGAGGAAGUAUACACCAACCAACCCUGGUUCCAGUUCCUCAAACAACGCUGGUCGACCAAUCAAGACAAUCUUGAGAAAUUCUUUCUCAAAAUGAAGAUUCGGGACGCCGAAAUGGGGAAAUAUUUGAAGCAAUAUGAAAGAUAUCCCACAUUCUACAGAGCGGCCAAUAUUAAACAUGGACAUUGGACUCGGCCAUACUUUGAUUGCGAGGGGAAAUUAAAACAGUGGGUCAUUACAUACGCAGCACCUUUCUUUGGAUGGGAUAAUGUUAAAGUUAAAUUGGAGUUCAAGGGUGCAGUAGCAGUAACCAUGCCACUGAUGUCUCUGGACAUCAAUCAGUGUCCCGACAACAUCUAUGUGCCUAAUGCCUUUAAGGGCACAGACAAGUGUGACCGGAGUACAUCUUAUUGUGUACCAAUACAAGGUCGUGGGUUCGAUUCCGGCGGCUACAAGUGCGAGUGUCUCCAAGGCUACGAGUAUCCCUUCGAGGAUCUAACCACCUACUACGACGGACAGAUCGUUGAAGCAGAGUUCCAAAAUAUUAUUCAAGAUAAGCAGACAAGGAUUGAUAUGUUCAAAUGCAGAUUGGCCGGUGCGAGUAAUGUGCAUGUUAGUUUUGCCACUUUGUUCUCUUUACUUAUGUGUUUGUGGAAGUUUAGGAAUAAAAUAUUUGAGAGAAAAAUGAGUGGAAUGGCAAGAAAAUUAUUUAAUCAGCUGAAGAGCAAAGAAUUUAGGGAAUAUUUAAUGAGCACUCAUUUCUGGGGUCCAAUUGCAAAUUGGGGUAUACCAUUAGCCGCAAUCGCGGAUACCAGGAAGGAUCCUAGCUUUAUUAGUGGCAAAAUGACUUUUGCUCUAUCAGUAUAUUCGCUAAUGUUUAUGAGAUUUGCCUGGAAAGUACAGCCAAGAAAUCUCCUGCUAUUUGCCUGUCAUUUUACAAAUGAAUGUGCACAACUCACACAGGGUGCUAGAUUCAUUAACUAUUAUUACAUAGAAGGCGCCGAAAAGAAAGAAGAAAAGUCU